AUGUUGUCCUUGGGGCCAAGGUUUUUCUCUAGAGAGCUCAGCAUUUGUGGCUUGUUCUCCGUAUGCUCACUGUGAAAAGAUAUCUAUCCAUAUUCUGCAAAGAAUCAUAAAAAGAUUUGGAUACUAGAGAGCUCAGCUUUGCCCCACGCUGCGCACACACGCAUCCCCUUUAUUUUGGAAAAGGGAGGUGGCAUUUCCCUCUCAAGACAGGGGUGCCUGUUGCAGCUCUUUAUGUCGCAAGUCCCCAGCCCCUCUUCUUCCCUCCCUGGUCAUCCCGCCGGGCCUUGCACGUCUGAACACGGAUGCAUGCGUGCAGGAGACCUGGCGGCGCCUCAGGGGCGACCUUUUGCUCCCGAAGGUAAAAGCUCCCGAGAGAAAUAAAGUCCAAACACCUCCCUCCGUGAAGGGAGGCGACGAUGGUGCUCCUGUCUGGAGACGGCAAAGCGGCCGGGGAGGGCCGGAGUCCCGCCGCGGCAAAGCACCUGGCCGUGCCGCCCUCGGAGCCUGCCGGGCCGGGAGCCGCGGCGCCUGAGGGGAGCGUUGUCGUCGGCUCCAGCCCAGCUGCCGGGGCGGAGAGGUCGCGAAGGGGCAGCGAAGGCGAUGGCGGCGGCGGCGCUGAGGGAGGAAGCGACGAGGACGACGCUGGCGGCGACUACGAGGAGUACGAGGACUUCUCGGACCUCCCGGACACGCGCAGCAUCGCUUCGGACGACUCCUUCUACCCGCCGCGGGCGGACGGCGACAGCGACGACGGCGACGACUGGUCUCUGGGAGAGUCGGACUCGUCGACGGGAAGCCCCGAGGCGCUCACCCUCUUCCGAGCUUGCUGCACCAACAACGCCGUGGCCUUGAGAGCGAUCAUCCGGCAGGGGCCCGAGGAGAAGGAGGCCAAGGAGACCGACCGCAACAAGAGGACUGGCCUUAUUGUUGCCUGUUACCAAGGGUUUGUGGAUAUUGUAAUAGCCUUAGCACAAUGCCCUCACAUUGAUGUAAACUGGCAGGACAAUGAAGGAAACACAGCUCUAAUUACAGCGGCCCAGGCAGGACAUAUUACUAUUACACAGUAUUUAUUAAACUAUUAUCCUGGCCUUGAUAUUGAGAAAAGGAAUGUCUUUGGAUUUACUGCACUCAUGAAGUCUGCAAUGCAAGGCCGAAGUGAAUGCAUCAGAGCUUUAAUGUUGGCAGGGGCAAACAUUUAUGCCACAGACCCAGGCCGUGGAUUCACAUCUCAGGAAUGGGCAUGUUUCACAGGAAGAAUAGAAUCUGCCUAUCUUAUGCAAAGACUUAUGGACAAGCCAUGUGCUGAGCAAUUUUGUGACCACUAUGAGCUAGAAUGGCCAAAGUUGAAAGAACUUCUUGCCAAGGCUGCAGAGCGAAAGACCUGUUUGCAAAAGAUCUCGGAAGGCGUCAGAUCAAUAAUAGCUUCCAGAGGUUUCAAAGGCCCUGAAGAUGAUGGUGUCCUUGAUCAUAUGGUUCGGGUGACAACAAGUCUAAGGAGCUCUUUUGUUGCCAUAGCUUGUAGGACCGUGUGCCCUGGAAGUCCACCUGGCAUAGGGAAACGCAGGCCUGCUGUACAAGAGAUCUUUAGGAAACAAAGAGCCAAGGAAAUCAAAUCUAUGGAUAGCAAAGACCAUUUUAACAGCUAUGAGAAGCUGUUUCAGAACUCCAGAGUUAUGUUAGUCUCCAAAAAGAAGGAAAGGCGAGCCAGCCUCCAGCCUUUCAGUCUAAAUGUACCUCAGGUUAGCAUUGUGGUUCCAAGGAAAUCAAGCUUGCUGCCACUACACUUGUUGAGAAGGAGCAGUGUGCGCCCAGGAUUUGUCAUCCCCAAAGUCCGAAUCAACAAGGCGCCUCCACCUACUUUCCAGCCAGAGAAAGUCAGACGAAAAAGCAGUGCCGGUGAUGGGGCUUACCUGCAGAUUCCUAAGUGGAGGUAUAAAGAACUGAAGGAAGAAAGGAAGAAAGCAGAGGAAGAAGAAAAGAAAAAAGCAGAAGCAGCUCAGAAACAGAAGCAAGGGUCUCCCGUGAAAAGCAAGACUUGAACUGAGGCUGAGACUCAUGAUAGCACUACUGAGAUCAAUAGAAAAGUCAAGUUGCUGUAUUGGGGCCAGCUGAAUGACACAAUUUAAAGGAGAAUAAAUCAUCUAGAGAGCAACUGAUACGGUAAAGUGUAUAUACGUCAAGAAAUGUAAGGAAAGAUUUAGAGAAUCUGUGAACAGGUUUAAAAUAUGGAAAAGGUAGUUUUCUUGGGGUGGAAAACAGAUGACCCACAAAAGGGGUAAUGGGAUUAAGCUCCAAGAAGGGAGAGUUAGUCUGGAUAUCAGACAUUUUUCUAAACAUAAAAGAGUAUUAAGCUACAGAGUAUGUUUGCAAGGGAAACUAAUAUUAAAAAUAGAUUUCAUAAGCGCUGGCUUGGGGAUAAGUCAAAAGACAAGUCUACGGAUUUUGUACAAGUGUAUUAUGAUCUCCCCAUCCCCCACACUAAAGUAAAGGGCUUUAGCUUGAUGCUUGCUUUUAAGAAAAUAUGGACAUUGUAAUGAAAUUUCAAAAAACAAAAAACCAAACAUUGAAAGGAUGCAAAAAUCUUAGGGCAUUUUGUAGAAAACCAACUUUAUGAAUAAAAUGUUUGUAAAGCAUUUCUUCUGAAAGAUAUGUUAAUAGAAACAAAAUGGUCUGAAAUUAUAUAUUUUGUAUUGAAUGAGAUUUCACUGUUUAUUUAUAAAAAGUGUAAAAACUACUACGAAUUGGGUUAAUUUCACAAAAUGCAACAUUUCUGAGGAUCCUCCCCAGUUAUUUUUCAGGAUUAUGCUCAACUUAAGGUUCCCCCACUUCUGUAUUCUGAAACAGAUCUGCAGCAAAAUUUUCAACGUGAUGUGCUCCCUGUUCAGGAUUCCAGCUGUCACGUUCCUCAGCCACACCAUUUUUAUUUCUUUUUUGAACUCUCAACAGCCAGUCAGCAUGCUGUGGCCACUGAACAUUUGAGCAACUUUUGAAUCCCUCCCGACUUCUUCCUAAAUAUGCUUUCUUCUUCAGCAGACCCCUAUACCUGCUGAUACAUUCCCAGCUUGCGUGUGGGCAGUGCCAUUUUUGCUUUAUAAGAAGCUGCACUCAUUUCUUGAACAUCAGAAAUAGAGGGAAUGGUGCUCCUUCCAAGAAGCUCAAGGCAUUUUUAGUACAUGCAAAAAUUCUGUUGAACACCAGCAUUGAACUAAAAGUGCAAACAUAACCAUUCUCAGAAAUAAACCCCACUGAGUUCAAUGAAUUUAUUUGCUGGCAGGGUAGAGAUUUGAUUCAGUUCUCAUUUAAAGCCAAAUUUAUCAAAACAAGAACUGGAAUACAGCAAUCCUUUGAAAUUCACAUGUAUCUGAAUCUGC